AUGCGCGACGCGGCCUGCUUCAACAUGCUCACGUCCAUCCCCUACUUCCGCAACUACCUCCGGAACAAGUGCUUCAACGCGUGGCGGUCGAACGUGAGCUUCCUGCUCUACAGCCGGCAGCGGCGCUACCUCAUGGACCGCCUCUUCCUGGGCAUGACGUCCUUCUGCGGGCCCCUGCUGGACCUGCGGACGCACAUGCACGAGAUGCAGCAGACGCGGCUUUUGGAGCCGGGCUCUCGGACGUUCGAGUUCGAGUGCGCGACGUUCGUCGACCGGCAGACCGCCGCGCGGCAGGAGGCGUCGAAGCAGCUCGACCACUGCAUGGAGCAGGCGGCGUCCUCGGUCCACGCCGUGUGCAAGGACAUCGUCACGCUCGCGAAGCCGUCGAAGGGCGGCCUCGGCGCCGCGGCGGCCGCGGCGGCGCCGCCGCCGGCCGACGCCAAGGGCGGCAAGGGCGACGACGUCGACGUCGUGUCGCGCGUCAUCCAGCAGAUGGAGGACCUGGAGAAGCCCAAGUCCAUGGCGGCGCUGCGCGAGCAGGAGGUCGAGCGCCACGCGAAGCUCCGGCGCGCCGCGCACGAGUGCCACCUGCUGCCCGAGUUCGUGCGCCUCGCGGACUACGUCGCCGUCGAGGCGCUCGUGGAGCUGCUCAUCAAGACCUGGGCGGGCUUCCUCGCGGAAUUACUGAGACCGCGGCGCCAGUCGGGGCUGCUGGAGACGACGAUCCGCUUCUCCGAGGAGGGCUCGACGUUCAGCCCGACGUGCGGCGCGAUCCAGACGGUGCUCGCCAACACCGCGGACAGCCUCAUCGCGACGCUCGGCGGCGUCAUGCGCAUCCUGUACCUGCGGCCCCUGGCCAAGUACAUCCCGUCGUCGUCGACGCCCAAGUCGUCGCCGAACGUGCAGGAGAUCGUCCGGAACAACGGCGACUUCAAGGCGACGUGCUUCGCGAUCAACGCCAAGGUCGAGAGCGACUUCAAGAAGGCCCAGGAGUACGUCGACGCGGCCUUCGACAAGGUCUGGCCCAUCUACGAGUACUCGCGGCGCUGGGACUUCGACGCGUACAAGCGCCAGGCGCACACCGUCGCGUCGCUGAAGAAGGAGAUGGAGAAGGUCGCGUCGUGGGAGAAGGAGCUCGAGAAGAUGCGCACGCGCCAGACCUGCGGCAUGCUCGAGGUCGAGAGCCGCAAGCUGCGGCAGACGCUCAUCCCCAUGACGACGGAGAAGAUGGAGGCUUUGAAGGACCUCGUCAAGGACCUGUCGCGCGCGAAAUGCAAGGACCAGCGCAACAAGUACAAGUCCGCCGUGUCCAAGAUCACGCCGCGGCCCAUGCACCUCAACGGCUUCACGGUCCUGCUCGAGCGCGUCGACGAGCAGCGCGUCCAGGCGCGGUCGCUCUUCAAGCACACGCAGAUCGUCGAGCAGAUGUACCAGAUGCUCAGCCACUACGACGUCAAGAUCCCCGACACGGACCUGGUCCAGGUCGACGAGCUCCGGUCCAUCCAGGCCAAGUACGCCGAGGAGCUCGAGGCCUGCCAGGCCUUCCGCGACGAGCGGCUCGCGGAGAUGACGCUCCAGCUCGAGGCGAACGUCGGCAAGUUCGCGGAGCAGGUCGCGCACAUCACGGCGGAUUUGGACGCGGGCCUCUUCAUCGACGUCGCGAACUUCGACAUGCCCGAGACCGUGCUCCAGGAGCUCGAGGCCGUGCGCGCGAAGCUCGAGAACCUCAUCCAGUCGGACCUGCUCCACAAGAAGCAGCAGAAGCUCUUCGGCGUCGCGGAGACGCGCGACAAGGCGCUGGAGAAGACGCAGGAGGCCUUCGACCGCGUGCGCACGCUCUGGACCAUGGUCGAGCGCUGGGACGAGGACUACCACUCCUGGAUCCGCGACGACUUUUUGAGCCAGAACGCGAACUCGGUCGACCGCGACGUCAAGCUCUACGUCCGCGGCGCGUCGAACCUGAAGAAGAAGAUGGCCAACCCCAUCAUCGACAAGCUCUGGGACCUGACGAACGCCAUGAACGACAAGAUGCCCCUCGUCCGCGAGCUCGGCGACCCGGCGCUGCGCGGCGCGGAACUCGACCGCCGGAACGCCCCGCGCUGCAGCACGACCACUGGGCGGUCAUCUUCAAGGAGCUCGGCGAGCCGUGCCCGCUGGACCUGAACUUCACGCUGGACCAGCUCUUCCGCGCGGGGCUCCUGGACCACCGGGACUUCAUCCUCGACGUCUGCGCCGAGGCGAAGAAGACGGCGACGCGCGCGGAGGUCGCGGCGUGCCUCGAGGACAUCGUCGACAAGAUCGAGGGCCGCGG